AUGACCCGUAUGACCCCCAGCGAGGCGUUUGUGGAGACGAUGGUGGCCCAUGGCGUCGACACCAUUUUCGGCAUCAUGGGGAGCGCGUUCAUGGACGCCAUGGACAUCUUCGAGCCGGCCGGCAUCGAGCUUGUGCCGGUGGUCCAUGAGCAGGGCGCGGCCCACAUGGCCGUACGGGUUUCAGCCGGGUGUCGGCCCCACGCGUGGUCAUCGGCCAUAACGGCCCGGCAUCUCCAACUGCUGUCAAAACCGCCAUAG